UACUUAGGAAAUCAGCAACAUCCACUUAGGACACAUUCCAUGCCUAUACAGAACAGCAAGACGACUUCAAGGAGCCUCCAGGCAUUAUAGAUUUAAUGCUGUGAGUCUGUAAACCUGGCAGUCAUGGAAAUCCAACCAAGAGACAUGGAGGAGGGAGAUAAGUCCCCUGAGUCCAAGGACCUGCUGACCAGUCAGACAGCCAGCACCUUGUGUAUCAGCUCACGCAGUGAGUCUGGAUGGAGUGCUCCACCACAGAACAAGUGGGAUGUUUACCAUAAGCCAGUCAUUGUAUUGUCAGUGGGUGGAGCGGUGUUCCUCUUUGGUGUGGCUAUCACCAGCCUGACCUGCCUCACUAUGGACCAAAACAAGACCAUGGAGAACAGCACGACAACUGAUAAAAAAACAACCAAGGAGAUAUUUAAACUGUGCGGGCCAGCCUUCCUGUCAUUAGGCCUCAUGCUGCUUGUGUGUGGGCUCGUCUGGAUCCCCAUCAUCCGCAAAAAGCUGAGACAGAAACAGAAAUACCACAUCCUUCAGAGCAUUAAGUCUUUCUUCCUCAACCGCUGAAGGCAGCCCUCGGCCACAAGGAAGAGGACUAUAUGUGAUCAGCACAAGGCCUGGCCUCCAUUCUAGGAAUCUACAAACCCAGUUGUCACUGCCCUGAAAGGGAGUUGACUCUAAUCCCCUAUUCUUCCUUCUAUUUAAAAGGAAUUGAUUACCCCAAGCCAGCGGACCUACAGGAUCAUUUGGGGCCCUUAGUUCAGCAAAUAAACUACACAUUCUCCACAAGGAUAUUCUAAGUUAAAGGCACUAACACUGGCAGAACAGAUGCCAGACCAGUUAUUUCAACUAACUGCUACUUUAUUAUAUAGAAUGUUGUUUUAAAGGUACUUAAAGUUUAGAUAGCAUUCAAGAGAAAGCUGAUGCUGGAGCCUAUGGCCAAUAUUGGCCCCAGUGUGACUAGUGAAUACUUCUCUGAGAAAGCAGUAAGAUAUUUCUCCUAUAUAAAAUGGUUUUGGGUUUUUAAAAACACACACACCAAAAUUACUUGCAGAAAUGGUGCUGAGAAGGUUUCCAAGAAAAUUCCAAUGGCUACUUUUGUUUCAUUUUGUUUUGUUUCAUGAGAGGAAGCUAUUCUGCAAGCAGACAGUUCUAUGUGAGUAAAAAUAUUAGUUGUACAAUUUCUCAGACCUGGCACAAGAGAACAUCGGACAUUUCUCAGUGGGUUGUAGGCAUACUUAUCAAACUCUGAACUCUCAAGUAAAAAACAAAUACUCUCAAAAGGAGAGACAAUAAUGGUUAAAAGUUUCAAAAGACAGGGCCUGGAGGUAUACUAUUACAGCAAAAAUAGCUGAUUGUUUGGUAAGGAAAUUGGAUCUGUCUAUAGAAUAUUUCAUGUUGUAUGAAUCUAGGCUAAUGCUGGCCACCAGUUACAAAUUCAUAACUGUAUGAAAAGCGAUCUUGUAGCACCUUUGAAACUAGGGAGAUUAUCGCAUGCACUGUAGCCUGUCUUUUCCCCAAUGGGAUACAUACACAUUUAACUAUCAAUAAUGGAUCUUAUCAUAUUCGCCUGUGGAUUUUCCUGUCCUUGAAAAGCCACAGGAUAAGCUCUGGGUUGCAUAUGGGCUGUAUACGGGCUGCACAUUCCCGCUGACAGAAGAAUGUGAUAAAAUCCAUUAUUGACAGUUAAACAUGCAUACAUCCCAUUGGGGAAAAGACAGGAUAAGUCAGUCUGCUGCAUCCCAAUCAGCUCCUGCUGCUCACUGUGACUGAUGCCCAGUAAGUCAGGAUUGGGCCAGGAGACACUAUUUAAUUUAUAUGUAAAAGUAGCUGAUCUAGGAUUUCAGACAUGGUCUCCAGCAAUGAUGCAACACAAACCUCUGGUAAACUGAAAUAGAUCCAAGGAGAACUUGUAAGAAUCAGGAACUUGCCAAACAGCCACUUAUCCAAGAAAUAUACUGAAAAUUAUGACAGUGAAACCAACUUUCCAUGGGCAUCUGAAAGGAUUGAAGUGUACAGGUGUUUAGAAUAGUGCAGUCAAAGGCUUUCAUGGCUGGCAGCCAUAGA